GUUUUACCUGUGUGUAAAGUGAAUUUCUCUCAGUAUCUUUAAAAUAGGUCUGAAACAACAAUUCCCGGCUAAUAAUGUUGCAUAGACAAACAUAUUCACCAUCAAAUAUUUUAUAGAUAUAUAACACUUUCAAAAGCUUCGUUUUUAGCCUUCUCAAUCUCCAGAUAUUCAUCUAUAUUCAGUAGCUGUUACUUACUUUGUGUGUGAUUCCAAAAAUCACUCCAUAUGGAAUAUGCGUAUUUUGUAUUUUAUUUUCUUAGCAAGAAGGGGAUAAAGACUGAUCAAAAUGAAGGUGUUAAUUUAGGAAUCCAGUUGAAGAAAAACAUAAAAUCUUAUUAAGGAAAGCCAUUUCAGCAUGAAACAGUGACUAUUAUCUUUCAGAAAAAAUGUACACCACAAGGAGCUAUUGAAAUGUUAUUUUAUGUAAAGACACUAAAAGUUACUGAACCCCAUGGUACUCCAGAAAUUUCAUGCACAGAUGUAUAAGAUGUACCCUGUUACCCACACAGCUCAGUAGAUGAACAGGGUUGAACAAAAUCUAGAGAGCCCAAGAACAAAAAUUUGGACUGUUCUGUAGAUGGUUGUGGGGAGCGUUGACCAGAGACACUAUUUGCUGGAUUAAACAUGCAACACUUAUGUCAACAGGUGAAGUUAGAAAUUACCAUAUUUCUUCCUUUCUUCCUUCUGGUUUCAAAACAUACACAUUUGUUAAAAAGAAGUGUGUGGGGGGGGGGGGCAGUUCCAGCUUUGUUUAAUAAGAUGUUCUGUUUUUUCCCCUCUGUCCCUUCAUUCUUCCCGGUGUGCAUUGUUUUGUUUUGUUUUCCUUUGUUCAUCCAUUUGCUGAACACUUGAGUGGGUUGGCUGUAUAAAACUCAUUUCUGAUGUAAUAACUAACCCAGAGAACCUAGUGUAAAUUCUAACCUAGAGAAAAGUGGUUGUGCUGAAGGUUGUAUGUGUGUGUCUGACUAUUCUGAACAACAAUGGUCCUCCACAAAAGAAGUAUUAGCAAGAUGCUGACUGGAUAGAUGGAGAUAAAUGGUAUUAAAAAUGGAAGGGAACAUUUCUAAAUCCAUAACCUAAUACUGUGGCUCAGCAUCUUCUCAAAGGGCUACACCAUGUGGAGAAAUGAGUCUACUACAGCUAAUAAAUGUGAUCCUCCCAACUAAAGCUGUAAAGAAUGGGGCUUUUGUAUUUGUAAGUCUUGGCUUCAGAUGAGAGUCACUUAUAGACACUUGCACUCUAAUGUUGCCUUUAUUUGACUACUUUUGAUCCCAAAAUUGCUAGAACUUAGCUGAUUUUGACUGUCAUAUUAGUAGUGCAAUUAUUCCCCUUACAAGGAGCUUCAACAGAAGGGACACAAUCUUCAGACGGACAUGAUGGGAUUGUUGUUAUUUGUAAAAACCCUUCAGUACUUCACUUCUUUGAGCCACUAAGUCAUUAGGGCUAAGAAGUUUCCAGGUCCUCAGCUGUUGUAAAUGUAGCUCCACUGAUCCUGAUGGACCUAUUAUUUCUUUUCUUGAAGACCUAGCUUUCUGAUAGAAGCCUUCAUCAGAACCAAAAAUGUGUCUCUGGGACAUGGAAAUGGGGGAUGCUGUACAUGAUUGAAACGAUCACUGAAUGCUGACUUUUCUCCAAUUUUCAUGUGUUUAUUGACAUUGCUCUAUGGAAAGGACAGUUACAAAUGAGUUGUGCUAUUGAAAAGAAAUAGUCUGUUGCAUGCGGUUUUUUGGUUGAUUUUUCACAAAGAAUGACCUUGUGGGUUCCACCGUUGGCUGUAUUCCAGAGAUGGUUUUUGAGAUGUGCUUUUCAAAAACCAUGGUGAUAGAUGAUGAUAGUGACUUUAGCAGCCAAUCUUAAAAGACUGUGUCUUGAUUUUUCACAUUCUUGGUAAUCACAACAUAGUUAAUGAACUUAUGUAUGAUCAGUUCUUGAUUAUACUGAUGUUAGUCUGUAAUUGAAUCUAGGGCUUUUCCCUCAUCUACCAGCUAAUACAGUUCAGUAGUGAAUGAAUACUACCGGGAUCAGUAAUGCUCCCUCACUAGUAUGUAAAGAACUAAGACUGAGCAGAUACACAAAAUCUGUUCAGUAAACAGUGAUACUAUUGUGUAACUGAAAAUGAGGGAGGGGAGCCUUCGAGAAAGCAUUCAUGGGGAGGGAUGGAAUUUUCCAGUAGACCUUAAUGUUACUCAUUGAGAAGUAUCACCAAAAAAAACCCUGCAUAUAAAGAUACAACAUACUUUUAGACAAAUCCAUUGCCUCCUUUGGACAUUCUCAGUUGAAACAACUAUCAUGGUGCUUUUUUUAGUUAUGUGAUGCCCACCUGGAUAUUUAAUUGUUACAGAAUGCAUCUUUUGGGGAAAGUUGUCACAGGAAUCAGUAAUUUAAGCAAUUAAGUUGACAAACUUAGAGAAAACAGUAACUUAGACUAAUGCCCUUUCAAAACGGUAGCACUUUGCUCCAACAUUAUUAUAUCCUUAAAAGGAAGAACCAGGUACAUGAAUAAUAAAAUUGGUGAGGAAAGAAUCCAGCACGAUGUAGGUUCUCCUGUGCUAGUGGCUGUGCUUUCUCAGAUGAUAUGUGAAGAUGAGAUGUAAAGAGACUCUGUGGCAGCUUUAUCCAAACUUGGGUUUGGCUCUAGUGUAUUGGCCAAGAAAUCACUUAAUUGCUUCCUGAAUUUUCCUGAUGGUUUAAGUUAGGUAGCAUAGUCACUGAGAUAGUUUAAAAUGUGGAGUAAUCUACCUGUUUUGAUCUUUUAAGAGAAAGUAGAUCUGGAUUCCACUGCUGUGAAUUGCUGGGUGACUUUGGAUGAGGUACUUUACCACCUUCUCCCUUGGUUUCCUCAUUUAACCAAGGCACAGUCUUUGGGGGAGGCAGGAAAUCUUCCAAGCCUUUGGAGAUGUUUCAGGAAGUGAUGGCAGAGUGCAAAGAAGCCCUGGCUGGAAAAGAAGAGAUGAUACAGCAUCUAAUUGUCUGGAUCAUGAUUUCAGCAACUGUACUUUGCACAAAACUAUCAUGUAAAAUGCUGACAGUCCACUUUUUUGAAGGGCUUGAGUAGGGCACAUGCCUUGGAGUCAAGAUGUGCUGGCAAGUCUGCAUUUGGGAGUUUAUCUCCCCAGGGAAAGGUAUUUAUAUAUUAGAUACAUAGUAAAAACACUCUUUGCUACUUAGGGCCAUUUAUAAUUUUCCUGUUCCAAUGUCCAGGCUAAAUGCUGAAUAUACUCUUACAAACUCAGUAGCUCUCUCAGUCUACCUGCCCCUCGAGGGACUGCUAUUCUAGGCUCUGGGGUGAGGUCAACACUCCUACUUCACAUGGCAUCGCUGAUGUGGUACAGUCAUGUUCCUUCAGCUGAGACUUAAAAGAUGAUGCUUUCCUUAUUAAUUCCUAAAUUUCGUUGGCAAUCCUGUUUUUGCUGCCUCUGCUAUAGUUAAAAGCAAAGUCAAGUCUGACAAGCGUUAUUCCUCUCUUCUUUUUUAAAUGGGGGCAAGACAGGUGCUAUGCUGCAAGUGUGUUCUUGCUCCCUGCCUGCAAAAGCCACAGUGAAGACUACAGUGUGUUAAGCUGUGUUGAGGGAGCAGAAAACUGGUCGUCUUUCCAGAAAGAAGAUAUCUAUCGUGAGUCACUGAGCUAAGAAUAACAGAACCUGGAUGCAAAGAGGGUGUGAGAAGUGUCACGGCAGCUGUGGGGAGAAAAAAGCAGCUUCCAGCCUCCUCUAUUCACUGGUUUCUUUAUUGUCAGUGCUAAAAUGAAACAAAUAUUGCUAAACUAAAGGGAAGGGGAAGUAUAUUCUUCAUCUCUGUAUGGCAAGGUUGGACUUCCAUUUAAAUCCGGAUUUGUUAAGGCUCUGAAAUGCUCAAGGGAAGCUCCCAGAUAAACUUUUCUCUGCCUGCUAAUAGUAGCAUGUGACAGCCAUGGUAUUUCACUACUGCUGUCCCAUAUUAAUCGUAAUGGCAUCAAAGACGAAGUGACAGACCAUGCAAGAAUUGUAUUGUUCUCACCUAUAAACUAUGCUUGAAAGCCAGAUGAUUUUGAAUUCUGUAGACCAACCUGUUCAUACACUCCCUUGAAAGAGGGAGAAGGAAAAAAUGACACCAGUGCUGAACAUUUUAGAGAACUCACCUAUAAUGUUAUGUUGUUAACAAAAUAUCAUAGUUCCCUACAGAUUCCAUACUUCUCCUGGGUUCCCAAAACUACUCUGUUCAUAACAUGUAAGUUGAGAGAACCUGUUUUGCUUGUGCAGAACAAGGAGGUUGGAGCCUUGCACUAGUUGCAAAUCAAUAUGCAGUAUCAUCAGUGGAGCCAAGACCAGCUCCUGUGUAAGGCUUAUGUAAGUGGUGAGUCAUGCAGUCUUACGAAAGAAUAGGGAGUGAGGCUUUCAUUAUGUUGUUUGCCUAAUCAGGAAUAUGAAAAUAAAAGAACACAGCACUCAGUGGGUUAUGUCUGGCUAACAAUAGGCUGGAAUUUCUGCACUUGUACUACUAUGAUUGAGGCAUUUCAUUGUUUGUGGUCCCAGCUUAUAUUAAACAAGGAGGACAUUUUCAUAAAUCUUUCCCUCUAGGGCAGACUUAAGGUUGUUUGGGAACCCUAGCUAUGCAUUUCCAGACAUUAAUGUCUGGAAGCAGCACCGUGGGAGAAGGAAUGGAAGUAUAUGUGUAGGGAAGGUACUAGCAGUAAAUGAAGAGGCCCAAGGGCAGGGUGGCAUUUGUGAGGAUGAGCAUGCAAAGAAGCAGUGGAGUGGAAACAGCUUUUAGGAGCACUGAAAAAGAGUCUAGUGAUGAUAUCCCAUAUAUUACUAGUCUCCUUCAAUGCUCUGGUGCAGGUAGUAGCAAUGGGUAUUACUUAAACCAGCACUGCCAUUAGCUGAGACACCUUACAGCCUUUACAAGACAACUGAGAGUUUUGAGGAUCAAAGCUGGCUUAAGAUUCAUGUGCUGCAAUAGUGCUCUUUAAAGUGGUUUGAUUAACCCAAAGAUGCUUCUUGUUUUCCUCCAUCAGCACUUACACCGCACCUCACAUGGCAAACUGGCCUGCUGGGGAAAAAACAUUGCAAUAAUAACUAUCCACAAAUUCUUUCAGCCAUGCGGCUACAGCAACAGCUGGAGGCCGGAAGGAGCAGCAGUAGGAGGGAGUCUGGAGCCGAAAACCCUAUGGCUAAAUAAGUGCCCCAGGAGCUUCAGCCUUAGAGCAGCAAAAGUUCGCAUAGAUCAGUAUCACUUCUACUUUGACAUCAGCGCGAUCGAGAAAGGAGAACAGAUGCUGAAAGCCGAGUUCAGAGUCUUCAAGCUGAAGAAGAAAGCCGGGGCUGGGAGACCUGAUUUGCCACACUUCUGCAGAGUGGAAGUGUAUGAACUCUUGGAGAGUGGAAGUAAGCCACAGAAAAAACACCUCAUCACAUCAAGAUUGUUAUCCUUGUACACGGAGGGCUGGGAAGUGUUCAAUGUGACACAGACAGUUUCCAAAUGGGUUGGAAACAGCAGCUCCAACCAUGGCUUUUUGAUAACUACAACACAUGUAUUCAGCAACAGAAUUGAGCACAACCUGGUGAAGUUUGCUAAGAGCCAGGGAACUCUGCAGGAGAGUAGAAAUGCUCUCCUUGUCCUCUUCACGAACAGUCACAAACGGAGGUUUUCCAGCUUUGUACCUUCUUCCACAAAAACAGAGCUGAACCCUGCCAGAAAUAACGCUUUGUUACAUGUGCCUCGCCAAACUCAUGUCAAUGAAAAAAGCAAUGCAAGCAUGAGCAGGAGAUCUCGGGCUGCUGCAUUGCCCUCCACCAAAAGCCAGGUAGCAGCAUGUCAUCGAAGGGAACUCUACGUUGACUUCCGUGCUAUUGGCUGGUCAGGAUGGAUUAUUUACCCAAGUGGAUACAAUGCAUUUCAUUGCAGAGGAACCUGUCUGUUCCCCUUAGGGGAAAGUCAAAAUGCAACCAACCACGCCACUGUCCAGUCCAUAGUCCAUACACUCAAGCUGUCUCAAGAUAUUAGCACGCCAUGCUGUGUGCCAGAUGAAUUGAAGUCCCUCAAUCUUCUCUACUUUGAUGACAAAGAGAAUGUGGUCCUUAAAAAUUAUAAAGACAUGGUGGCAACAAGGUGUGGAUGUCAUUAACAGAACCUCCCUUUUUUUGUCUGCAUUUGACAUGUACCUGGAUUCAGUACCCCAUUUGCUGCUGAAGAUAUCAAGGGAAAUGGCAUUUCAGACUAUGGAGCAGGAGAGCCAGAAACUCAGCUGUGCUUCAAAUGCUGCUUCCCCCACCGUGGCCAUGUGGAAAGCAGUGUAAGGCUGGGUUUUAAAGAGCCAUGAGCUUCUAGUGAGUGUGCCAACCUGCACAGAGAGCAGUCUGCCUGCCUAAGAGCCAAGGGAAGCCAUGAGAAACUGGAACUUGUUACGUGAAAGAAUGCAAGCACAUUAAGUGAACAUUCAAAUUAAGGUUCUGUUUAGUAUAUCAAUGCAUCUCAACUGGCAUCUCCUUCUGCCUCAAGCCAAGACAGGGAUGCAGGUCCCCCAGUAACAGAACCUUAUUCAGCUUUGGCUGCAUGAUCCAAUGGGGUCGUACAUGCUUACACACAUCUUUGAGGAUGAGUGUUUGCUCAGAGCUCUCGUCAGAGGCCUCCUCCAUCUGCAAUUUAUGCAUUUGCCAGAAAUGCACUUCACCCCACUUUUCUAUCUGCAGUCCUACCAAAUGCAGAGGGACUUACUCCUAAGUCCCUUUGGUACUUGGUGGCCAUUAAGAAAUCCAAGGGAACACAUAACUAGUAGCUAUGUGGGAAUCAGGAAACCUGACCUCUGACUCGGGGUUGCUCUUCUGUAUGGUGAAGGGCCAGGCAGUCCCCCCUCUUUGUAUUCAUUUUCUUCCACCAUGGUCUGAUGUGGCUGUUCAGCUGUCUGUGGGACAGCAGAGUCUGCCUUUCAGUGUGUAUUUGUACGGUGGCUAUCCAGUGGGAUCCUCAGCUUGGCCAGGAACCCGUAUAGUACAGGAGGAAGGAAGAAAAAGAGCAAACUUUGGAGGGCUGUGAGAACAUGCUGGAUGCUGCCCUGGUCCUGUGUCUAAGGAAAGUUCAAUGGGAGAUACUCAUUGAUACUUCCCUUUCAUUCUUCCUUGACACAUAGGACACAGGCAUGGAAGGGGGAACCCUGAGCUCUUCAUGCCUUGUUACAUUUUAAUAUAGGCAACCAGCCCAUAGCAGUUCCUCAGUCAACUCACUGAGUUGUAACCUAAGCCCAGUUAGGUUUCUUGCCUCCACUGCUCAUUGAAGGAGGCUGACAUCGGACAGAAUGUGACACCUCCCAUGGUUAGAAACUUUAUGGAGAAUUUUUUACUCCAAUGAGAUGAAAAAAGGACCAGAAAAAUAUUUAUGUAAAUGUUUUUCUGUAAAUACUGAUUUCUGUAAUUAAUAAAAUUAUUUUAUUUAAAACCCAAAUAUUUGGAGUAUAU